GACCACUCACUAAAACCCUUUUCCAUCUCUUCUCACAUCUCUAUCUUUCCACGUUCGAUAAAAAUGUAGAGUCAUUUUGAAACGAUAAGGGUUUCCAAAUAAAAUCUAAUGUAACAAAGUAGCUAGGGUUGCUCAAUUCCUACAACAAAAAAAAUGUUCAAUAGAAACAAUGCAUUCAAUUUCCCUCAUUCCUCCCAUCCUCGCAACGAGUUCCACGACAUGCUCUUGGCAGCCGUUGCGAACCAAGAGCUAUGUGCGGAAAGCUCGGCCGCGGCUGCUGCCGCGGCCAAGGCCUCGAAGAAGGACCGCCACAGUAAAAUCGACACGGCGCAGGGGCCACGGGAUCGGAGGGUUAGGCUGUCGAUUGGAGUGGCUAGAAAGUUCUUCGACCUUCAAGAAAAUCUAGGUUUCGACAAGCCGAGCAAAACUCUUGAUUGGCUGCUUACAAAGUCGGAGACGGCUAUCCAAGAUCUCGAGGUGAUGAAGGAGAGAGACGCCGCUGCGGCUGGUGCUGGCUCCUCCGAGUGUGAGGUCGAUUCUGGAGAGAACGGGGCUGAUUUGAAGCAUAACUCUGUGAAGGCAGCAGCGAAGGAGUCGAGGGCGAAGGCGAGGGCGAGAGCGAGGGAGAGGACGAGGGAGAAGAUGUGUAUCAAGAAGCUCAACGAGACUAGAAACGGUAUCAACACAGCCUCUGAUUUUAAUCCCAUCCAGUUCAUGAACAAUCAGCUCGAUUUUCGCAAGAUCGCUUCGAGCAGCAGCAACAUCAAUCUCGGGUUCCAUUGCCACCCAACAGCCUAUGAAGUUGCUGCUGCAAACAGUCAAGACCUAAUUCAAGAAUCCAUCGUGAUCAAGAGGAAAGUCAAGAAUCCUAUGAUAUUUCAGCAGAAUCUGAUCAUCUCCAGCUCCAACUAUGGCGUCCCGGCGCCUUACAACGUGGCCGCGGCUGAGAAUUGGGACAGCAUUUGUGCCAUUUUGGAUCAGCACAAGUUCAUCAGCAGCAAUUCAAACAACUAGGGAAGCAAGAAAGGAGAAGAAACACUAGCAGUUGAGGUCAUUGAUUGUUGAAGAUGUUUGCAUAUUGAGCUUGGCAUAUAUGCAACUUCUGCUACCUUAUUUUCUUGAAUUACUCCCAUUGAUGUAAUAUGGUUGUCAGGACUUUAAAAAAUCAAUUUAAUCUACUAUCGCAUUGAUGAAUGUUGCAACCUCUUCUUUUGUUUAGGACACAAAAUCUGCCUUGAAUAUUUGGUUGAUUGUGGUGUGUGUGUGUGUACUAUUCGUCAA